UUUAGAUUCCCUUCUAACUAUUCUAUUGGAGCAUUUUAAAAAUCUUAAUACUCGUACAAGAGGUAAUUAGAAAAUUUGAUCCCGACUUGUGAAUAUAUUGACCUCGUUCGACCGUUUAGAUUUGCCUUUUCUUUUCGCAUUUUCCUUGCUCGAAAAUUAUUGUGAUAGGAUUUUUGACCUCGUUUUUGCUUCUCACAUUUAAAUGUGCUUUUUCGUGCAGUUUAAGGUAGUGUCAACCCGUUGUUUGCAAAGUUAAAAGGGCUUGAAUUCACUGACAUGCAAUAAAUUGAGGCAAUUCAAAAAUACAAUGUCCAACGUUGCAAGCCUAAGAGCCGGUUCCUGUGUUUUUAGUUCUCACACUGUUUUAGCUAAAGUGGUUUUAAUUUAGCAUCCAUCAAUACUUGAAGGUUUUUCUUCUUUCGUGAACAGAGACCCUUGGAGCGAUAGGAGGGUGUGGAACCUCUGGCUUAGCCAGGAUGCUACCCAAUGGGGAGGGGAUAGAAAAUGUCUAUGUGCAGGCUAAGUAAAGCUAGCCUGCUUGAAGCCGGACUUUUCUCUUGUAUAGUUAACAGUUAGUUAGUUCGGCUGCAUGCAGGCUAAGUAAAGCCUUUCGAAUUCACAGCAAGCACGUCGUAGGGAAAAGCAAAAAAAAAAAAAAAAAAAAAAAAAAAAAAAACUCUAGUCAUGCAAAAAUGUUACAUCAUUAAUGACCUACAACAUGAUUGCCAUAAGAUCCCUUGUAUAAUCCUGGAUAUGAUGUCAAAAGUACGCUUUGUGUUUCCUAAGCCGAUCACGUAGAUCUUAGAAUAAAAACGUGAAGGUAGCCUCGUAACUAAUGUAAACAAAGUACCAAGUAAAGAAGAGUGCAUCAAAAAUGUGCCAACGUGUUUCUUGUGCGCUAUAUCUGUCAAUGAGUAAUUACGCAGUUAUUCAACGCGUUUUCUGCAUACUCUAGCAGCGGGUGCUAAGAACUCGGUCUACUACUUCUAGGCCGCGCAGGAAUCAAAUCUCGUCAUAAAUAGUUAAUAUUCUGUAUGAGAGAUUCGUGCAGCAGUUCACAUUUCGAGAGUAAUCCAUGGAAGGAACAAGGGGAUACUCUCUCUUCUUUAAAAUAUUCAAAAAACCAUCAUCACAAAGUACAAUAAUGAUUGGUAUCAAGAAAAUGAAACCACGUCUGUCCCAGMUUGGAAAAGAGAUACUGGCUGAGUUUAUGUCCACUUUUAUUCUCAUUAUUUUUGGUGUUGGCUCGGUCGCGCAAACCGUACUCAGCAAGCAACAAAAUGGAACAUUYUUCUCCAUCAACUUCGGCUGGGGUGUUGGMGUUACUAUGGGAUGUUACUGGGCUGGCGGUGUGUCAGGUGCACAUAUGAAUCCAGCUGUCUCUCUUGCUAAUGCCGUGGUUGGCAGAUUACCGUGGAAGAAGCUCCUCUUCUACUGGGCCGCACAAAUGGUGGGAGCAAUUGUGGCUUCCGCUUGUGUUUAUGGUGUAUAUUAUGAUGCACUCAACGCAUUUGAUGGCGGUGUUCGUCAAAUACUGGGUCCCAACGGUACAGCAGGAAUAUGGGCAACCUACCCUCAACCGUUUUUGUCCACGGCAAAUGG